AUGUCGACUUUACCACGAAAUGCCGAUUCUUUGGAAACAAUCCUUCAUUUUCAAAACAGAGAUGUGCAAAGUCAAUGGUCGGUGGUGUGGUCGACCGCGCACAUCCCGGGCAUGGACAAUGCGGCGGGUGGCGCGGCUCGGCGGCCGGCGCUGGGCCGGCGGCGGCUGCGCGUUGGCGCGCUGACACUCGGUGCCUGCCUAGCCAUGCACUGCCGUAUCGCAGCAGCCGCGUUAACCGGCGGAUUUUUUGUUUUCAUGUUCUUCCUGAUCCUGGCGGUGGCGCUGCUGGCGAACCCAUUGCGCCACUUCGAGGUGUACCUCGGCCAGUGGAGCAUUAGCGGCCCUGGACGAGCUUUCCGUAUCAUACCCAUGUUGGAUGGCAUUGGUAUGGCGAUAUGUAUAAAUGCAAUCUUGAGAGCGAUCAUUUGCUGCACCGUAGCCGCCAUUGCGGCCAAGUACGUUGUCCAUGCCGCCAGCGACGACCGGCUGCCUUACACAUAUUGCAGAGAUUUCGAACUGCAUCCCUAUGAACCUGUUCUUAGAAAUCGGAGAGUUAUGCACAAUAAGGUUAGACCUGAACCUGAAUUUUCGACGGUCGGUUUUCAUGAACGAGCUUGGAGGAACUUUUCAUACAUAAGUGAGAGGAUAACAAGAAGACAAUCACAGCCUAUACUAACGUGCAGAGAAACCUAUAGCGAAGGUUAUCCGGCCUUGUCUACUACACCGGCCUAUAACUUCUUCUACAUAGAAGUGCUAUCAUGGAAACCUGAUUAUAGCUACGAACAAUUAAACGCACCUCUAGUACCCUAUAUAAUAUUUUGUUGGGUUGCUCUUUGGCUUCUGAUGGUUAUGGAGCAUUUCACAUUUAAAAGAAUGGUUUGGAACAACAUGCGCUUGUGGCUAAUAGCAGUACCUUGGACUUGGGUCAUACUUUUAGUUGUUCUGGCAAUCACAAAAACGGUUUUCGAGAACAAACCUUUUCGAAGAUAUUUUCGGACUGGUGCUAUGGAAACAAUUGUUGUUAUAACAGAUGCUUUGGAAUGUGCCCUCUACAUACAUUCUGCAAGUACCGGCACUGAACUUAUUCAUGGCAAAGGAUUGAAUCAUUAUGCAUCUGGACAUAUAGACGCUCGCCUGAACAGCGAAAACGUGUGGCACUCCAGCCUGCUGCUGGUGCUGACGGGGCUGCAUACAGGCGCCGCGGCUCUGUGCGCGUUCGAUGACUGCUACCAUCCGAACGCACAGGUCUCCAACAUGUAUGACAGUACCCUGUGGAUAAUACCUUUGUAUUCGAAAUGCACACUUGUCGGUAAUUACACUCAUCUUUUGGCGUCCAUACUGUUUGGCGGUUUAAUGUUUUCUUACAUGACGGUGGCGUUUGUAUUGUUGAAGACGGCACUUCACACGAUCUUCGAAUAUAAAGUAAAAUUAGUAUUCAAAGAGCAAGCAGUGGUGGCAUGCUUAAUGUUAUCGUGUAUGACACUUAGUUUGAUCUUCGCAACAAAUGGCGGUCUCGGGUUGUUAGAGAGCGUAGACAUGGUGAUGUCGGAGGUGUCGACGGCGUACGUGUGCCUGCUGGAGCUGGCGGGGCUGCUGUAUGUGUACCGGGGACAGGACUUCAUCUCCGACGUGAACGUUGCCACCGAGGACAACGCUUGCUCCACGAGGAUCGGCACGCAGUGGCAGAUUAUACCGAUAAUUACACUGAUUGUGAUAAUACUGAAGUUGACGCAGCUGAAGCACAGCGAGAUGCCGCGGCGCGCGCUGUACGCCGCGCUGGCGCCGCUCGCAGCCGUCGUGCUGGCGGUGCCGCUGCGCGCCUGCUACAACGCGUGCAUCUUCGUGCGUCUCACACUGCAGCGAACUAAAACUAACAGUAGUAACACAAAUACUAAAUAAUUCUAUUUUCUAAUUUAUAAAA